AUGCAGGUCUCCAGCCUCAACGAAGUGAAGAUUUACAGUCUCAGCUGCGGCAAGUCCCUUCCCGAGUGGCUUUCUGACAGAAAAAAGAGAGCACUUCAGAAGAAAGAUGUCGAUGUUCGUAGGAGAAUUGAACUUAUUCAGGAUUUUGAAAUGCCUACUGUUUGUACCACUAUUAAGGUAUCAAAGGAUGGACAGUAUAUUUUAGCCACCGGGACAUAUAAACCUCGAGUUCGAUGUUAUGACACCUAUCAAUUAUCCUUGAAGUUUGAAAGGUGUUUAGAUUCAGAAGUUGUCACCUUUGAAACUUUGUCUGAUGACUAUUCAAAGAUUGUCUUCCUGCAUAAUGAUAGAUACGUUGAAUUUCAUUCACAAUCAGGUUUCUACUACAAAACCAGAAUACCAAAGUUCGGGAGAGAUUUUUCUUACCAUUAUCCAUCCUGUGACUUGUACUUUGUUGGCGCAAGCUCUGAAGUUUAUAGAUUGAACUUGGAACAAGGACGGUUCCUGAGUCCUCUACAGACUGAUGCUGCGGAGAAUAAUGUUUGUGAUGUAAAUUCAGUGCAUGGCUUAUUUGCCGCAGGAACAAUAGAGGGCCGAGUGGAGUGCUGGGACCCGAGGACGCGUGGCAGGGUUGGCCUGUUAGAUUGCGCCUUAAGUAGUGUCACGGCUGAUUCAGAGAUAAACAGUUUACCAACGAUCUCUGCUUUGAAAUUUAAUGGUGCCUUGACCAUGGCAGUUGGAACAUCCACAGGGCAGGUUUUAUUGUAUGAUCUUCGGUCUGAUAAGCCAUUGCUAGUUAAGGAUCACCAAUAUGGGCUGCCCAUUAAAUCAGUUCAUUUCCAGGAUUCAUUAGAUUUGAUUUUGUCUGCUGACUCUCGAAUUAUCAAAAUGUGGAAUAAGAACUCAGGAAGAAUAUUUACUUCCUUGGAGCCAGAACAUGACAUUAAUGAUGUUUGCCUCUAUCCCAACUCAGGAAUGCUUCUUACUGCCAAUGAAACCCCCAAGAUGGGCAUCUAUUACAUUCCGGUUUUGGGUCCUGCUCCCAGGUGGUGUUCCUUCUUAGACAACUUGACAGAAGAAUUGGAAGAGAAUCCAGAAAGCACAGUUUAUGAUGAUUACAAAUUUGUCACCAAGAAAGACCUUGAAAAUUUAGGGCUCACCCAUCUCAUUGGAUCACCUUUUCUCCGGGCAUAUAUGCAUGGAUUUUUCAUGGAUAUAAGACUCUACCACAAGGUGAAACUGAUGGUAAAUCCAUUUGCUUUUGAAGAAUAUAGGAAGGAUAAGAUCCGACAGAAGAUAGAAGAAACACGAGCACAGAGAGUCCAGUUAAAGAAAUUGCCAAAAGUUAACAAAGAGCUGGCACUUAAAUUAAUUGAGGAAGAGGAGGAAAAGCAAAAAUCGACGUGGAAAAAGAAGGUUAAGAGCCUUCCUAAUAUUCUCACUGAUGAUCGAUUUAAAGUUAUGUUUGAGAACCCUGACUUCCAAGUAGACGAAGAGAGUGAAGAAUUUAGGCUUUUGAAUCCACUUGUUUCCAAAAUUAGUGAAAAAAGGAAGAAGAAACUAAGACUCUUAGAGCAACAGGAACUUCAUGAAGAAGAAGAGGAGGAAGAACCGGAAGGAAAACCAAGUGAUGCAGAAAGUUCUGAGAGUUCGGAUGAUGAAAAAGACUGGGUUGCAGAGGUCAGGAAACAGCGCCGACUUCUCCAACAGGAGGAAAAAGUGAAGCGGCAGGAACGGCUCAGGGAGGACCGGCAGACAGUCCUCAAGCCCCAGUUUUAUGAGAUCAAAGCAGGCGAAGAGUUCAGAAGCUUCAGAGAUUCUGCCACAAAGCAGAAGCUGAUGAAUAAAACCCUUGAAGACCGGUUGAAACUCGAAGCGAAAAGUGGGACAUUGAGUGUAUCGGACACCACGGUUGGCAGCAAACAAUUGACAUUUACAUUAAAGAAGUCGGAACAGCAGAAGCAGCAGCAGGAGGCUGCGAAACUGCACCGACAAGAGAGGAAGACCCUCCGCCGUUCAGCCGGUCACCUGAAGUCCAGGCCCAGGAGAGGACGGCUGUUCCACUGAGUCUGGAACCGAUCCCACGUGUGGUUUGGAGGAGCUUGCCUCCCCUACUUGACCAUCGUUAGAGGGUGUU